UUCUUGAUUGACUUCUAAAACAGAGUGAAUAGUUUAGACAAAAUGACGAUUAUCACGAGCGACAGCAAGGCUCCGGUGAAAACCGUGAAGCGAGUACAAUUCGGCAUUCUCUCGCCGGAGGAAAUUCGGCGAAUGAGUGUAACAGAAGGCGGAAUAAGAUUUCCUGAAACCUAUGAAGGAGGUCAGCCUAAACCUGGUGGACUUAUGGAUCCUAGACAAGGGGCUGUAGAUCGAGGAUCAAGGUGUAAGACAUGUGCCGGAAACAUGAUCGAGUGCCCAGGACAUUUCGGUCAUCUUGAUCUAGCAAAACCUGUUUUCCAUCCUGGCUUUCUCACCAAAACCCUCAAGGUUCUACGGUGUGUUUGCUUCUACUGUUCCAAGAUGCUGGUCACACCUACAAAUCCUAAAAUAAAAGAAAUUGUGAUGAAAUCAAAAGGACAACCUCGGAAACGAUUAACCCACGUGUACGAUCUGUGCAAGGGUAAGAAGAUCUGCGAGGGAGGAGACGAGAUGGAUCUAAACCCAGACAAUCCUGAGAAUGCGGUCAACCAGGCUAAAAACCAUGGUGGUUGUGGUCGUUAUCAGCCGAAUAUUCGGAGAACUGGGCUUGAUAUGACAGCGGAAUGGAAACAGAUUAACGAGGAUACACAGGAGAAGAAGAUAGUUCUAACAGCUGAACGUGUACAUGAAAUAUUCCGUCAUAUAUCUGAUGAAGAAUGUUAUGUACUAGGAAUGGAUCCCAAGUUUGCACGUCCUGACUGGAUGAUAGUGACUUGUAUGCCAGUUCCACCGUUGUGUGUUCGGCCAGCUGUUGUUAUGUUUGGAUCAGCUCGUAACCAGGACGAUAUCACACAUAAACUUGCCGAUAUUCUAAAGGCCAAUAACGAGCUGAAGCGUAACGAGGAAUCUGGCGCUGCGGCUCACAUUCUCUCUGAGAAUAUCAAGAUGCUUCAGUUUCACGUCGCAACACUUUCCGAUAAUGACAUGCCUGGCCUGCCUAGAGCCAUGCAGAAGUCAGGCAGACCUCUCAAAUCCAUUAAAGCUAGACUGAAGAGUAAAGAAGGAAGGAUCAGAGGAAACUUGAUGGGAAAACGUGUUGAUUUCUCAGCUCGUACUGUAAUCACCCCUGACCCGAACCUCCGGAUCGAUCAGGUCGGAGUACCCAGAUCUAUCGCACAGAACCUCACCUUUCCGGAGAUCGUGACUCCGUUCAAUAUCGACAAGAUGCAGGAGCUCGUGAGAAGAGGCAAUACACAGUAUCCGGGAGCUAAAUAUAUCAUCAGGGAUAACGGAGAAAGGAUUGAUUUGAGAUUCCAUCCUAAAUCCAGUGAUCUUCAUCUCCAGUGUGGAUACAAGGUUGAGAGACAUAUCCGUGAUGGAGAUCUAGUUGUGUUCAACAGACAGCCUACUCUACAUAAAAUGUCCAUGAUGGGCCACAGGGUGAAGGUCCUACCCUGGUCAACCUUCAGGAUGAACCUCAGUGAUACAUCUCCGUACAAUGCUGAUUUUGAUGGAGACGAGAUGAAUCUUCACGUUCCUCAGUCCAUGGAGACCAGGGCAGAGUUGGAGAAUAUUCAUAUGACUCCACGUCAAAUCAUCACUCCGCAGGCAAACAAACCCGUUAUGGGUAUUGUCCAGGAUACACUCUGCGCUGUGAGGAAGAUGACGAAGAGAGAUGUGUUUAUUGAUAAAGAAUUGAUGAUGACGCUGCUUAUGUUUCUGCCGAACUGGGACGGAAAGCUUCCUAUUCCCGCCAUUUUGAAGCCUAAACCACUGUGGACUGGAAAACAGCUGUUUUCUCUGAUUAUACCAGGAAACGUGAACUGUGUGCGUCUCCAUGCUACCCAUCCUGACUCCGAGAACGGAGGACCGUACCAUUGGAUAUCUCCGGGGGAUACCAGGGUUCUCAUUGAGAACGGAGAACACAUCACUGGAAUUAUUUGUAAGAAAACACUUGGUACAUCUGCAGGUUCCCUUCUUCAUAUCUGCCAACUUGAGGUCGGACAUGAGGAAAAUGGAUUAUUCUACGGAAACAUUCAGACCGUGAUCAACAACUGGCUUCUCAUUGAAGGCCACAGUAUUGGUAUCGGAGAUACUAUUGCUGAUGCUCAAACCUACUCAGAUAUCCUCAAAACUAUCGAAACCUCCAAGGCCGAGGUCAAUGAAGUUAUUCAUAAAGCACAUUUUGACGAGCUCGAGGCAACCCCUGGUAACACGCUGAGGCAGACAUUCGAGAACAUGGUGAACAGGAUCCUCAACGACGCGAGAGACAAGACCGGAGGAUCUGCGAAGAGAUCACUCACUGAGUUUAAUAACUUCAAGGUUAUGGUGGUGGCAGGUUCCAAGGGAUCUGAUAUUAAUGUAUCUCAGGUUAUUGCUUGUGUGGGGCAGCAGAACGUUGAGGGCAAACGAAUCCCUUUUGGAUUUAGAAAACGUACACUUCCUCAUUUUAUCAAGGACGACUACGGUCCAGAGUCCCGAGGGUUUGUAGAGAAUUCCUACUUGGCUGGGUUGACCCCAAGCGAGUUCUACUUCCACGCUAUGGGAGGAAGAGAAGGUUUAAUUGAUACUGCUGUCAAAACUGCAGAAACUGGAUAUAUUCAGCGUAGGCUCAUCAAGGCUAUGGAGGCCUGUAUGGUGAACUACGACGGUACAGUUCGUAACUCUGUGGGUCAGCUCAUUCAGCUGAGAUACGGAGAGGAUGGUCUUGCAGGAGAAGCUGUAGAGUUUCAGUCGAUUAAAACUGUCACUCUGUCGAACAAUGCGUUUGAGAGUAAAUUCAAGUUUGAUCCAACCAAUGAAAGGUAUGUGCGUCGUGUGUUUACCGACGAGGUACUCCGUGAUAUGGUUGGGAGUGGUGAGGUGGUGGCAGAGAUAGAACGAGAGUGGGAACAGUUACUCAGAGACAGGCAUUGUCUUAGACAGAUAUUUCCUAAAGGAAACAACAAGGUUGUACUGCCUUGUAAUCUGGAGAGAAUGAUCUGGAAUGCGCAGAAGAUUUUUCAUAUCAACAAACGUGCUCCGAUCGACCUUAAUCCGUUGAAAAUGAUCAGAGGAACACGUGAGCUGCUGAAGAAAUGUAUUAUUGUGCCCGGAGAUGACAGACUGAGUCUCCAGGCCAACGAUAACGCUACAAUCCUCUUCCAAUGUCUUGUCAGGUCCACUCUUUGCACAAAGAUGGUUGCGGAAACACACAAACUUUCUGAGGAAGCAUUUGACUGGCUUCUCGGUGAGAUAGAGACUAAGUUUGCUCAGUCCCAGGUAGCAGCUGGUGAGAUGGUCGGCGCGCUAGCAGCGCAGAGCUUGGGAGAACCUGCCACUCAGAUGACUCUGAAUACUUUCCAUUUUGCUGGAGUAUCCUCUAAGAACGUAACCCUGGGAGUGCCCAGGUUGAAGGAGAUUAUCAAUAUCUCUAAGAAGCCGAAGGCGCCCUCUCUAACUGUAUUCCUGAUCGGUAACGCAGCCAGGGACGCUGAGAAGGCUAAGAAUGUUCUCUGCAGACUAGAACACACUACUCUUAGAAAGGUAACCGCAAACACUGCUAUCUACUACGACCCUGAUCCCCAGAACACUGUGAUUGCCGAGGAUCAGGAGUUUGUCAAUGUGUACUACGAGAUGCCUGACUUUGAUCCAACCCGUAUAUCCCCCUGGUUGCUGAGGAUAGAGCUGGACAGGAAGAGGAUGACGGAUAAGAAGCUCACUAUGGAGCAUAUUUCAGAGAAGAUUAAUGCAGGUUUCGGCGACGAUUUGAACUGUAUCUUCAACGACGAUAACGCCGAAAAAUUGGUUCUCCGGAUCAGAAUUAUGAACAGUGAGGAGGGUAAGGAAGAUGAUGAAGAUCAGGCGGAUAAGAUGGAAGACGACAUGUUCCUCAGGUGUAUUGAGGCGAAUAUGUUGAGUGACAUGACCCUGCAGGGAAUUGAAGCUGUAGCAAAGGUUUACAUGCAUCUGCCCCAGACAGAUGAUAAGAAGAGGAUCCUUAUCACAGAGAAUGGAGAGUUUAAAGCUAUUGCUGAAUGGUUGCUUGAGACUGAUGGUACUGCACUAAUGAAGGUUCUAGCUGAGAGAGAUGUAGACCCCGUGAGAACCUGUUCCAACGAUAUUUGCGAGAUAUUCGCUUGUCUCGGGAUUGAAGCUGUCAGGAAGAGUGUAGAAAAGGAAAUGGCGUUGGUAUUGAACUUCUACGGUCUAUACGUGAACUACCGUCAUCUCAGUUUACUAUGUGAUGUCAUGACAGCUAAGGGUCAUCUCAUGGCAAUCACUCGUCACGGAAUCAAUAGGCAAGACACGGGUGCGUUGAUGAGAUGUUCCUUCGAGGAGACUGUUGACGUUCUUAUGGAGGCCGCAUCUCACGCUGAGGUCGAUCCUAUGCGUGGAGUAUCGGAGAAUAUUAUUAUGGGUCAGCUUCCUAGGAUGGGAACAGCAUGCUUCGACCUUCUGCUAGACGCUGAGAAGUGUAAGAUGGGAAUAGAAAUUCCCAUGAACGUCGGCGGAGGAAUGAUGGGCGGAGGCAUGUUCUUCGGUUCGGUCGCUUCACCAGGCGCCGCGAUGACACCGGGAAUGACGCCAUGGGCGGAAGGAGCAACUCCAGCCUACGGAGGCAGCGUAUGGAGUCCAGCGGGAAUGGGAAGUGGUAUGACACCUGGCGGACCUGGGUUUUCUCCGAGUGCCGCGAGCGAUGCGAGUGGGAUGUCUCCUGCAGGAUUCUCCCCGGCUUGGUCUCCACAACCUGGUUCUCCUGGUAGUCCAGCAAUGUCACCGUACAUACCCUCACCAGCUCAUGGUGACGCAUCUCCUGGUUAUUCUCCUAGCUCUCCAACCUAUGCUCCGAUAUCCCCUAGUAUGCCAUCCCCCAGUUCUCCGAGCUAUUCACCAACAAGUCCUUCAUAUGGGCAUUCACCCACCUCACCCCAGUAUUCACCAACCAGCCCGAGCUAUUCACCAACCAGUCCCAGCUACUCACCGACCUCACCAUCCUAUUCUCCCACCAGUCCUUCCUACUCUCCAACCUCCCCGAGCUAUUCACCAACCAGCCCUUCCUAUUCACCGACAAGCCCUAGCUAUUCACCAACAUCUCCCAGUUACUCACCAACAUCACCAAGCUACUCCCCAACCUCUCCCAGCUAUUCACCUACGUCUCCAAGCUAUUCUCCAACAAGUCCUAGCUAUUCACCAACCAGUCCCAGCUAUUCUCCGACAUCUCCUUCCUACUCCCCUACCUCUCCUUCCUACUCCCCCACUAGCCCAUCCUAUUCUCCUACUUCUCCUUCCUACUCCCCAUCCUCUCCUCAGUACUCCCCGGCCUCUCCGAAAUAUUCGCCCUCCUCUCCAAAAUACUCCUCUACAUCUCCCAACUACUCCCCGACCUCCCCUGCCUACUCUGCCACUUCUCCCAACUAUUCCCCAACCUCACCUUCCUACUCCCCAUCCUCUCCUCAAUACUCCCCUUCUUCUCCCAAAUAUUCUCCCACAUCUCCCAACUACUCCCCAACCAGCCCAUCCUACUCCCCUACAUCCCCUUCAUACUCCCCAACCUCUCCCAACUAUUCUCCUAGCAGUCCUAAGUACUCCCCAAGCUCACCCAAGUACUCCCCCAGCUCUCCUCAAUACUCCCCAACCUCUCCACAGUACUCCCCCACAUCUCCACAGUACUCCCCAACCUCUCCUCAAUACUCCCCGACCUCCCCCUCCUACUCCCCAACCUCUCCAUCCUAUUCCCCAGCUUCCCCCUCCUACUCCCCCGCCUCUCCCUCCUACUCUCCUGCCUCCCCCUCCUAUGAUUCUGAUGAUGAGAAGAAAAACGUCAAGAAGUCUAAGAAGAAAUAAAUGUUAAGUGUGUACUCCUGUAUAUCCUGGAUACUCGGAUCCAAUGUAUUUAAUCACUGUGCAUUGUGCAAUGUACCACAGUACACUUCGCUUAUAUACGAAACUGUAUUUUCAAGAGUUUUUUUUAAUGAACACUUUGAUCCAAGCACAUAGAUAAUCUUGGCAUUUUAGAAUAUAUGAAUAACAAAUAUGUGCUGUCAGGUUAAACGUCAAACCUUUUUACAGUGACCACACAAACAUAUUAUAUAAUAUUUGGUGCAUUUUGUUUAAACCACAAGAUUUUGA